AUGGCUGGAUCUGGAUCUGGAGGCGAGGUGAGAGCGCCAAUCUUCAAUGGAAAUAAUUAUGAGUUUUGGAGCAUAAAGAUGAGAACCAUCUUCAGGUCUCAUGGAUUAUGGGAUCUGGUUGAAAAGGGCUUAGAGUGGUCAGAUUCAAAGGGAGCUGAUGAAUCUGGUGAAAAGAAGAAGGAAAAGGAAGAAUCAAAGGGAGCUGGUGAAUCUGCUGAGCAGAAGAUGAAAAGAGAUGUUUCAAGUGGUUCUGAAACAGAGAAGCUGAUGAAAGAUGCAAAGGCAUUGGGGCUGAUUCAAGGGGCAGUAUCUGAUGAGAUUUUUCCCCGGAUCUCUCAUGAAGAAACUUCUAAAGGAGCUUGGGAUCUCUUGAUGCAGGAAUUUCGAGGUGACAAACAGGUAAGAAGUGUGAAAUUACAGAGUCUGCGUAGGGAGUUUGAGUACACUAGAAUGAGAGAUGAUGAAUCCUUGUCUGUCUAUAUUACCAAACUAUUUGAUGUGAUUAAUCAAAUGCGUAGCUAUGGAGAAAUACUACCUAAAGAAAGAGUAGUACAGAAAUUGUUGAUUAGCCUACCAUCUGCUUAUGAUUCUAUCUGCUCAGUUAUUGAACACUCAAGAGACUUGAAUGAGAUUGAGGUGCAGGAGGUUGUAGCCUCACUAAAGAGUUUUGAGUUGAGAUUAGAUAGACACUCUGAAAACAAAACAGAGAAGGCAUUUGCUAGCCUUAGUGUGGAUGCUAAAUCGGCUAAAACUGGAGAUCAGAAUAAUAAGCAACAUAAGAAUUGGAAGUCUAAAGGCAAGAAAUGGGAUAACAAGACAAGUGAAGGCACUAAAACUCCCUGCAAGCACUGUGGUAAGUUACACUUUGGUGAGUGUCGAUUCAAGGGCAAACCAAAGUGUUAUAACUGUGAUAAACUUGGACACAUUGCAAAGGAUUGCUAUAGCAAGAAAACACCACAGCAGGUUAACUAUGCUACUCAAGUGGAAGCUGCACCAACUAUGUUCUAUGCUGGAAAUGCAAUUGGUGCUGGUAUAACAAGGGAUGAAGAAAUCUGGUAUUUGGACAGUGGGUGUAGUAAUCACAUGACAGGAAAAGAGGAUUUGCUGGUGGAUAUUGACAGAAAGGUGACUGCAAAGGUUGAAAUGGGAACUGGACAGCUUGUAGAUGUAACUGGAAAGGGCACUCUUGUGGUUGAAACCAAAGUAGGCAAGAGAUAUAUCAAAGAAAUAAUGCUGGUACCUGGACUGAAAGAGAACUUACUCAGUGUGGGUCAGAUGAUAGAGCAUGGCUACUAUUUGGUAUUUGGAGAUCACAAGGUGGAAAUCUACAAUGACAGCUCUUAUUCAAAUCUGGUUGCAAAGGUACAAAUGAGAGGUAAUAGAAGCUUUCCCUUGAAACUGCAGGCUGAAAUGCACUUAGCUUAUAGAGCAAGUGUAGAUCAUUCCACUGAACUUUGGCAUAGAAGAUUUGGACAUCUCAAUAUGAGUAGUCUGAAAUUGUUGAAAGAAGAAGAUAUGGUAGUAGGACUACCAGAAAUUAAAGGGAUUAAAGAGGUGUGUGAGGGGUGUGUUCUAGGCAAGCAGUGUAGAGAAGCAUUUCCAAAAGAGGCUACCACUAGAGCACUAACUCCACUAGAACUCAUUCACAGUGACAUCUGUGGUCCUAUGCAGACAGUUACCAAAGCUGGAAAUCGGUUCUUUCUCACUUUCAUAGACGAUUGCACAAGGAUGUGUUGGGUUUAUUUCUUAAGACACAAAUCUGAAGCUCUAACUGUGUUUAAGAUAUUCAAGGCCACUGUGGAAUUGCAAAGUGGUUAUAAACUGAAAAAGUUGAGAAGUGAUAGAGGGGGAGAAUACACUUCAGUGGAGUUUGACAGUUUCUGUGAAGAUGUAGGAAUUGAAAGACAGCUUACAACCCCAUACACACCACAGCAAAAUGGUGUGGCAGAGAGGAAAAAUAGAACCAUAGUAGAAAUGGCCAAGUGUUUGAUGUUGGAGAAGAAAAUUCCAUUUGAUUUUUGGGCUGAGGCAGUCAACAUAUCUGUGUAUAUUUUGAAUAGGUGUCCAACUAAAGCUUUGAGCAAAAAGACACCAUUCGAAGCCUAUAGUGGAAGGAAGCCAGGGAUUAAACAUCUAAAGGUAUUUGGCUCACUAUGUUAUGCUCAUGUACCAAAACAACAAAGACAGAAAUUAGAUCUUUCAAGCAAGAGGUGUAUCUUCUUAGGGUAUGGCAGCUGUGAGAAAGGUUACAGGCUGUACAACAUUGAAACUGAGAAGGUGAUUGUUUCAAGAGAUGUAAUAUUUAGUGAAAAUGAGUGUUGGGAUUGGAAUGCAAAGAAGGAAACUAGUGUGAACAUUCAGCUCACUGGAAUUCGAGAAGAAGCACAAGGAGAAGAAGGGAGUUCUUGUGAAAUUGAAGAACAAUUGGAAGUGAAUGAGGUGCCUAGUUUAAACACUGAAAACAGUGAUCAAGAAAUGGUCAUAGGUCUGCAGGAUGUUGAUCAUACUCCUCUCAAAUACAAGAGCAUUGCAGAAAUUUAUGAAAAAUGCAAUAUGUGCAUUAUAGAACCAGAAAGUUUUGAAGAGGCAGCCAAGGAUGACUCUUGGAAGAAAGCAAUGGAAGAUGAAAUCACCAUGAUUGAAAAGAACAAUACAUGGGAGCUUGUAGCUAGACCAUUUGAUAAACCAAUUAUUGGAGUCAAGUGGGUCUAUAAGACUAAACUAAACCUAGAUGGAUCUGUGCAGAAGAAUAAGGCUCGGCUGGUUGCAAAGGGAUAUUCUCAAAAGCCUGGAAUAGACUUCAAUGAGACCUUUGCACCAGUGGCUCGUCUUGACACUGUGAGAGCUUUGGUAGCAUUGGCUGCACAGAAAAAUUGGAAGCUUUUCCAGUUAGAUGUGAAAUCUGCCUUUCUCAAUGGAGUACUAAGUGAAGAGGUGUAUGUGGAUCAACCAUCUGGUUUUGUGAUUCAAGGAAGUGAAGAUAAGGUGUAUAGGCUUAAGAAGGCUUUGUAUGGCUUGAAGCAAGCUCCAAGAGCUUGGUAUGAAGAGAUAAAUUCCUAUUUUACUAGAGCUGGUUUUCAUAGGAGCUUAAGUGAAGCUACUUUAUACACUAAAAGGUCUUCAAGUGGUAUUCUCAUUGUGUCACUCUAUGUAGAUGACAUUAUCUAUACAGGAAGCUCAAAGGAGAUGAUGCUUGAAUUUAAGGAUGAGAUGAUGAGACAAUAUGAAAUGACAGACCUUGGAUUGCUUCAUCAUUUUCUCGGCCUUGGGGUUUUACAAACAGACACUUGCAUUUUCUUGCAUCAGAAGAAAUAUGCAAAGACUUUGCUAGAGAAGUUUGGACUCAAGGACUGCAAAUCGGUUGCAACACCAUUGGCAGUGAAUGAAAAGUUGUCUAAAGUGGAUGGGAGUGACCUAGCUGAUGAGACUUUGUAUAGACAAUUGGUAGGAAGCUUGCUCUACCUAACUGCAACAAGACCAGACAUUAUGUUUGCAUCUAGUCUUUUGGCCAUAUUUAUGCACAAUCCUACCAAGAAGCACAUGGGAACAGCGAAAAGGGUGCUAAGAUAUAUACAAGGUACUAUAAGCUAUGGCAUUGCUUAUGAGAAAGGAAAAGGAGCUGUGUUAAUUGGCUAUUGUGACAGCGAUUGGAGUGGUAGUGAAGAUGAUAUGCGGAGCACAUCAGGCUAUGCAUUUAAUUUGGGGUCAGGAGUGUUUUCUUGGGCCUCAAUUAAGCAGAGCAGUGUGGCUCUCUCCACUGCAGAGGCAGAAUACAUGAGCGCAGCAGAGGCAACCACUCAAGCUGUUUGGCUCAGAUUUGUGCUAUCAGAUUUUGGUGAAGAACAGGUAGAACCAACUCAGUUGUUGUGUGACAACACUUCGGCUAUUGCUAUAUCAAAGAAUCCUGUUCAUCAUCACAAAACUAGACACAUCAAUCGCAGGUUUCAUUUCAUUCGAGAUGCUCUUCACAAUGGUGAGAUUGAUUUGCUUUAUUGCAAAACUGAAGAACAGGUUGCUGAUAUAUUCACCAAGCCUCUAGCAAGGGAUCGCCGUUGGAUAACAGUCCAACUGUGCAGUCAGGAUGUAACUGUGCAUGCCAGGAGGUGUGCGUGCGGCGCUGCAAUAGUUGCUGAAGCUGAGGCAUUACGGGCGGGUCUGUGUGCGGGAGUGGACCAGGGCUGGCAGCGGGUGGUGCUGGAGUCUGACUCCAAGCUCAUGAUUGAUAUGCUGAAAGGGGUUGGCUGUUCUGACUCUCGGGUUGAAGGUAUUGUGCAUGACAUUAGAUUCCUGAUGCGGCAGAUGCAGACGGUGGUCUUGUCUUUUGUUUCUAGAAUGGCAAUUGGUGUAUCCUCUUUUACUGUUGAAUGA